AUGGCAGCUAAAGCUUUGAUUCCUGAGGAUGAGCUCUGUUGCUCUAUAUGUUGUGAUAUUUAUAAAGAACCUGUUGUCCUCAAAUGCAGCCACAGCUUCUGCAGAGAGUGUCUGAAGCAGUACUGGAAAGGGAAGAGCUCUCAAGAGUGUCCCAUCUGCAGGAGAACAGCCUCCAUGGAGGAACCUCCUGUAAAUCUGGCUUUAAGAAGCAUUGUGGAGUCCUACUUAAAGCAGAAGACUGAGAGUGAAAUUGCAGACAAGAGUGAUGCUCGCUGUAGUCUUCAUGGGGAGAAACUUCUGUUCUUCUGCGAAUAUGACAAAGAGCCUCUCUGUCUCGUCUGUCAUACUGCAAAAAAACACAGAAACCACCCAAUCUAUCCAGUGGAAGAGGCUGUACUGGAUCUGAAGGAGGAAAUCAGGCCUGCACUUAAUCUUAUUAAACAAAAACAGAAGAGGUUUACUGAGAUUCAACAUGAAUGUCAUAAAACAGCAGAACACAUCAGGAGUCAGGCCCAGCACACAGAGAGACAGAUAAAGGCAGAGUUUGAGAAGCUCCACCAGUUCCUGCGAGAGGAAGAGGAGGCCAGACUAGCUAUACUGAAGGAGGAAGAGGAGCAGAAGAGUCGGAUCAUGAAGGAGAAAUUAGAAAACAUCACAGGACACAUCUCCAUCCUUUCAGACAAAAUCACAGCUAUAGAGAAGGUCAUGGACACUGGAGAUGCCUUCUUUUUAAAGAGCUACAAGAACAUCAAGGAAAGAGCCCAGUGCACACUGCAGGAUCCAGAGCUGCUCUCAGGGGCACUGAUAGAUGUGGCCAAACAUCUGGGCAACCUGAAGUUCAGAGUUUGGGAGAAGAUGCUGGGGGUGGUGCAGUAUACUCCUGUGAUACUGGACCCCAAUACUGUAUGUGCCUUUCUCUCGCUCUCUGAUGAUCUGACGACAGUAAGAGACACAGAUACAAAUCAGAUAUGUCCUGACAACCCAGAGAGGUUUAUCUCCUGUUUUGGAGUGUUGGGAUCUGAAGGGUUUACCUCAGGGAAACACAGCUGGGAGGUGAAGGUGGGAAAUGCAUUGGCCUGGGAUAUAGGAGUGGUGAAAAGGUCCAUCACUAGGAAGGGAAAUAUAUCAUACAGCCCAGAGAGAGGAUUCUGGGUCAUAGUGCUAAGAAACGGUAAGGAUUACAGAGUAGCUGGAGUUACUGACCUCACACUGAAGAAGAAACCCCAGAGCAUCAGAGUGGAGCUGGAUUAUGACAGGGGGCACGUGUCCUUCUUCGACUCCAGUCACAUGACCCACAUUUACACUUUUAAAAAGACAUUUACUGAGAGAGUGUUCCCAUUCUUCUGUCCCGAUUUGAAUGACGAUGAUAAGAAUGAUGGCGCCCUGAAAAUAUGUCCAGUUGAAGUGUCUGUAACAGUGAUGUCAUCCCAUCAUUUGUAAAAAAUGAAGGUGUCUAAAAAAAGAUCUAUAGAUGUUGUACUAGAGGAGUAUUAUAGAGGAAAUUAAUUUAAUAAUUAUACUUAAUUCAUGUUUUGUUAAUCUUUAAUCAUUUUCUUAAUGUCAGUCAAUACACUGUAUAUGCAUUUUUAAUAAUGUACCCAUACAGUCACUAUCUUCUGGGUUUUGUUUUGAUCCAAAUCAUUGGACAAAACUAUAUAUUUUUUUCAUAUAGCAGAUGCUUUUUUGUGACAUCAAAUGUUUUUCUACCUAAUUAAAAGAGUUGCUGUUUGAUGA